GUUUGGUUCAAUGGCACCCCCACUUUAAAAACUGUUCCACCGCCAGUGCUGGGGACCCCCCUGUGUCUGCCGGUUUUCAUUCCAAUUGAGCUCUCAAUUAUUUAACUAGACCCUUCAUUGAACUGAUCAUUCGCUUAAUAGAAACCUUUUUAAUUGUUUUCGGCUCGUAAACAGUCGCAGAUUUCACGUUCGCUAUCACGCUGUGUAAGCAACAUUGGAUUUGAAGAGGUACGCAGUUUUACUAUUUUUAGACUAAACAAUUACGCACACGUGUGUAUUCAUCAGUACACUCCGGCACAGCACAGUCUCGUGUUGUAGUUUGAACUGCGAUUUCAAUGCUCUGCUUUGCACAGUCUUAUCCCCGAGUGCCGUGGAUAAGGGACAUACUGAAUUCAGGCAUGCGCGUUAAGCAGAUUACUUUACAGCUCCUGAAGUUGGCCCAGAAGCUAUGGAGAAAAUGGAGCUCCGGUUCCCCAAGGGAAGCAGCUGGGAAUCGGGACCACAUCAGCGGCUGGGGGAGGAGAGCCUUCCCUGGAGCAACGUGACCAACGGCACGUGGUCCCGAGAGAGUUGGGACGAGGAGGAAGCCCCGGGACUCGCUCUCCGCACCCUGAGCGGCUGCCUCCUCUUCCUCCUCAUCCUCAGCACGCUGCUGGGGAACACGCUGGUGUGCGCGGCAGUCGUCAAAUUCCGCCAUCUGCGUUCCAAGGUCACCAACUUCUUCGUCAUCUCCCUGGCCGUUUCGGACCUGUUGGUGGCCAUUCUGGUCAUGCCCUGGAGGGCAGUCACCGAGGUGGCCGGAUUCUGGCCGUUUGGCAGCUUCUGCGACAUCUGGGUGGCGUUUGACAUCAUGUGCUCCACUGCCUCCAUCCUCAACCUGUGCAUUAUCAGCUUGGACCGCUACUGGGCCAUCGCCAGCCCAUUCCGCUAUGAGCGCAAGAUGACCCAGCGAGUAGCUUUCGUCAUGAUCGGGGUGACCUGGACCUUGUCUGUUCUCAUCUCCUUCAUCCCGGUGCAGCUGAGUUGGCACAAAGCGGACGACAUCCCUCCGGAUCCCGGCUCCUCUCCAAAUGCCACCCAGCCGGAGAACUGCGACUCCAGCCUGAACCGCACGUACGCCAUCUCCUCGUCCCUCAUCAGCUUCUACAUCCCCGUGGCCAUCAUGAUCGUCACCUACACCCGCAUCUACCUCAUCGCUCAGAGGCAGAUCCGACGCAUCUCCUCGCUGGAGCGGGCGGUGGAGCACGCCCAGAACUGCCAAGGCAGCGACUGCCCCCACGAUGCCAGCCUCAAGAGCUCCUUCAAGAAGGAGACCAAGGUCCUCAAGACCCUCUCCAUCAUCAUGGGCGUCUUUGUCUGCUGCUGGCUGCCCUUCUUCAUCCUCAACUGCAUGGUCCCCUUCUGUGAUCCAGCCACCCACGGCCCUGGCCAGCCGCCCUGCGUGAGCGAGACCACCUUCAGCAUCUUCGUGUGGUUCGGCUGGGCCAACUCCACCCUGAACCCCAUCAUCUACGCCUUCAACGCGGACUUCCGCAGGGCCUUCAGCACCAUCCUGGGGUGCAGCCGCCUCUGCUCCAGCAACGCGGUGGAGACGGUCAACUUCAGCAACGAGCUGGUGUCCUACCACCACGACACCACCAACCCCCGGGACGUCAUGACCCUCAGCUGCCCCCACUUGCUGCCCAACAUGGUCAAGCAGUCCCCCAGGGAGAAGGAGCUCUCCUUCGACAAGGUCUCCCAGAUCUCGCCGGCCUCCGUGUGCGGGUGCGAGAGCCCCAGCUGCCCCUCUGCUGUGGUGCACGCUGAGUGCGAGACGGGCAUCUCUCUGGAUAAAAUCACCCCCUUCACACCCGACGGGCUGGCUUGAGGUGGGGCUGCAGGAGCUAGGACACUGAGGACAGAGACACUGCAGCUGUGAUUCAGAGCGCUGGAAAACUGCGGAUAGAUUUCCUGAAACUGUGGAAGGAAAGCGUUACUAAGAAAGCUGUGGGGGGCAAAACUGGAUAGAUUCAUAAUAUGGUCAGUAAUGUGGACAGAUUUGUACAUAGGGGCUAACUACCGAUGCAUUCACUGGAACACGCUUACCAGGGUCUCUGCAACAUUGGAAUACAGUGUCUGGAGUUCUGUGGAAUAUCAGGGUCACGUUGCUGCUGGAAUAUUAAGGAUACGAUGAUACCAGUGUUCGUACAGGCGGUUGUUUUAAUAAUGCCGUGAUAUUGAAUGCGUUGGAAUGCGUCCGGCUAGGCACUGGAGUUUGGGGUUUGUGGAUCGUUCGGGUCAUAUGCAAAAAAAGAGAAAUGGAAUGUCUUGCAAUACAUCGGAACACCUGCGCUGUGGUCUCCCUCUGCCUCUGACACCGCAUCCAUCGGAACAGAGAGACAAUGUUAUGAAAUGACUUGCAAUCUCAAGGUCACAUCACUACUGGGAAUCCCAGCGUAGGAAUACAGCGCCUGUCUGGAUACUUUCACGCUAAAACCGAUCUCGCUUUUUAGAUUGACAAAACGUACCAGUGAUUUAGUUUGCAAAGGAUUGCAAACAAUGCCAAAUAUAUAUAUAAGACGUUUGAAGGUGUUUUGCUUUAAAGGGAUGCUGCACAUAGCUCAUCCUAUAACGCAAACUCUGUCUGUUGUAUGUAUACACGCUGUAUUGUGUAGCCGACCUUCUCAAAGAGACCAAUAAACACGCUGUAUUGUGGUAGUCUUGUUUUGUGCAUCGAUACAGUGCAUCCAGACCCAAAGAGAGAAACCAU